GUGCGUUGAGUCAUUCCUGCGUCCGGACGUUUUGAAACUGUUUGCCCGAAUUUUUGUGAAGUAACUUGUUGCAACGGAGUAGUGCGACAGAAGAGAAAGCUCUUUCACUGGCUGUCCUUACAACAAGGCGGCGCGAUGACGACUCGGAGGUCUCUGCGGGCCGCGCCAGAGCCGCUCGACGCCGAGAAUGAGCCUGCGCUGCUGCCGGCCGGCAAGCAGGCGCCGUCCACCAAGAAGAUGGGCAAGCCGCGCGCCGCCUUCAUCGACCUCACAAAUGCUAUCGAGAAGGGUCUGGCCGGCGGCAAGAAGGGCAUCACUAAGCUGGGCGUGAAGAAGGGCCGCGUACACCGGGCGCCGGAGAGCAGCGGACCGAGCCAGCAGCCGGCGCCGCCGCCGCGGCUGGCGCUGAAGCCACGCGCCGGCGUCAAACGCACUGCCACCGCCGACGCUGACGGCGCCGCCAAAAAGGCCCGCAAGCUGCGCUCUAUACCGACGCUGGCCGACCUGACCUCCGUCACCGUCGACGUCACGCGGCUGGCGCUGCCCAGCAGCAGCAGCAGCGGCAGCCUCGAGUCCUCCGAGACCACCUUCGAGACGCCGCCACAGGGCAACACACCGACGGCCGAGCGCCAGAGCGAGCUGGUGGACCGACUGAACGCCGAGAACGAGCUGCGUCGAUCGGCACUGCCCGACGGCGUGCUGGACUUCGACGCCGAGAGCGCCGGCGACAUCUUCGCCGUGCCCGAGUACGUGGCCGACGUGUUCCGCUACUACCGCCAGCGAGAGUCGCGCGUGGCCGUCACCGCCUACCUGGAGACGAAACAGCCCGACCUGACGGAGAUGAUGCGCGCCAUCCUGGUGGACUGGAUGGUCGAGGUGCAGGAGUCGUUCGAGCUGAACCACGAGACGCUGUACAUGGCCGUGCAGCUGGUGGAUGUCUACUUGGGCCACGUCGUGGUCAGCCGCGAGACGCUGCAGCUGGUCGGCGCCACCGCCAUCUUCGUGGCCUGCAAGUUCGACGAGCGGCUGCCGCCGCCGCUGGACGACUUUCUUUACAUCUGCGAAGACGCGUACGCCCGGCGAGAGGUGAUCUUCACCGAGAUGAAGAUGCUGCGGACCGUCAAUUUUGACCUGGGCCUGCCUGUGUCGUACCGCUUCCUGCGACGCUACGCCAGGUGCUGUAAGCUGUCGAUCGAGGUGCUCACGCUGGCGCGCUACAUCCUGGAGCUGUCGCUGAUGGAGUACCAGUUCGUGACGGUGGCCGGCUCGCGCAUGGCGGCCGCCGCGCUCACGCUGGCCGUGCUCAUGCGCUCGCCCGACCAGUUCGCCGCCAUCCGGCGCACCGUCGAGCACUUCUCCGAAUACAAAACUGAAGAGUUCAAAGAUGUAGUGCACAAACUGAACGACAUGCUGAGGAAGGAGGCCAGCCCGCACCUGAAGACGAUACGAGCCAAGUACUCGCACAAGGUGUUCCACCAGGUGGCCAAGAUCGCGGUGCUGGAGUCGGUGCCGGCGUUGUAGCGGCGCCGCUCUGACCGCGUCGGCGCGCCGCCGGCGUCGAUCGGCGGUGACUGGCGCGCCCGACGCCGACCGGCGCAGCGGCCGCGGCGCCUCAGAGGCGGACGUUUGACCUGAUGCAUCGAACCCGUCCGGCGCGGCCAGCGUUGGGGGAAGGGCGCCAGCGGGGCCGUAGGACACGAGGGCCCCGAGCGCGCAGGUCAGGGGGUCGGGAGACCGCCGUGCCCGCAGGGUCAACGAGCGGGCUGGAGCGCCGGCUCGAACCUUUCGAUUGGUCCAUGCUGGGGUGUUUUAGGCAUCAACUUAAGUUUGAUCAAAUGAAGUCCCUUUUUACUAGGCUGAGGAUCUCACCCCCCAACGUGGCUGCCAAGUGCCAACAGUGCAAAAUUGUGCGGUGAAGUAGCGAAGUUGUUUGCGAACGUCUUAUUAUCUACUGUUGUUUGAGAGCGCCAACCCGUUUGGUUAGAGAAAAGUAGUACCGUGGUAGUCAUGGACGACUAAGUCUUAGCUAGUUUAAACCGCAUUGUACAUUGGUGUAGCUGUAUUUUACCACUGACUCCUCGUGGUGCAAAUCCGUGGUCCGUCCGGCGGGUUUAUUUUGGCGGCGUUGCGCCGUCCUCUUGAGCAUGCCGUAUCCCCGUGUGCGUGUACAUAGCCGUGUGUGUGCCGGUGAAAUUUGCCACUCUCCUGCCGCAACGCGAUCUGGCCGUCCGAGCGACCGUGGCGACAUGACAGCUCGACCGUGAACGAAGCCCGCCGGUCCGGCGCUGGUCCGGAGGUGGUCCCGCGGUCCCGGCAGUCGGGCCGCGGGACCGCCGGCCGCUCGCUGGAGCCGGGCCGGCGUGCCGUUUGGGAGAAUACAUAUCAGG